AUGGCCAACCGAUUGAGGCUCAUCCUUCCAAAGAUUCUUUCAAAGAGUCAAGGGUGUCAGGGGAGGCAGAUUGUAGAUUUCAGGGUCUUAGGCCACGAGAUUAUUCACUCCAUGAAGAAUGCCGGAAAAGAAAAGGCAAGUUUGAGUUUGAAACUCGACAUGGCUAAGGCAUAUGAUAGGUUGGAGAGGGGUUUCUUGAUGAAGGUGCUUAAAAGCUUUGGCUUUGGGCAGCGGUAUUGCCUUCUCGUGGAGCAGUGCAUUUCGACUCUUAAGUUCUUGAUUAUGAUCAACAGGCAGCCGAGGGGUUGUUAUUUUGAGAGCUAUAGAGGCCUAAGGCAAAGAGACCCUCUAUCCCCCUAUCUAUUCAUUAUAGCGAUGGAGGGGAAGAUGUCUGGAGCAGAAGUGUUUGGAGGAGAAAGGGAUUUGCCCCUCUCAUUGAAGGACAAGCCCACAGCAAGGAAGCUGAUGUACAUCUCGGUGGCCAUCAAUGGACAGGAUGCGGAUGCGGUGGCCUUGGUUGACACAGGGGCCACCCACAACUUUGUAGCUGAAAGGAUGGUAAAAAGGCUGGGCCUCAAGCUCAGAACAGGAUGCAAGCCAGCAAUCAGAUCAAUCGCGUCAGCUUUUAGCUUUCAGAUCUGA